AUGACUCCUCCAGGCACGCCGCCAGUGAGGCGGAGAAACAAGCUGAAACCACCAGGGACUCCUCCCCCAUCAUCCCGGAAACUGAUUCACCUCAUCCCCGGAUUCACUGCCCUACACCGGAGCAAGUCGCAUGAGUUCCAGCUGGGCCACCGAGUGGAUGAGGCACACACUCCCAAAGCAAAGAAAAAGAACAAGCCUCUGAACCUAAAGAUUCACAACAGUGUGGGAAGCUGUGAGAACAUCCCCGCUCAGCGCUCGCCCCUACUGUCUGAGCGCUCCCUGCGCUCCUUCUUUGUGGGAUACCCACCUUUCCUUCCUUCCACUCCUCCUGUCCACACGGAAACCACCAUCUCAGCAAACACACUGUCAGUGCCUCGCUGGUCCCCACAGAUUCCCCGUCGUGACUUAGGAAACUCAAUAAAACACAGAUUUUCCACCAAGUAUUGGAUGUCUCAGACCUGUACCGUCUGUGGGAAAGGAAUGUUAUUUGGAUUAAAAUGUAAAAACUGCAAGCUAAAGUGCCACAACAAAUGCACCAAAGAGGCCCCUCCCUGCCACCUACUGAUCAUCCAUCGUGGAGGGAGACGAGCUGUCCGAUGCGAGGCAGAUUUGCAUUCCAAACCACUUCCACCCACCCUUCCCCUGCCACCCUUUCUUUUCAGAUUCCCCACAACACGGGCAAGAUUAGUCCGAACAGAGUCUGUACCGUGUGAUAUCAACAAUCCUUUAAGGAAGCCACCCAGGUAUUCUGAUCUACACGUGAGCCAGACGCUACCCAAAACCAACAAAAUUAACAAGGACCACAUUCCAGUGCCCUACCAGCCAGACUCCAGCAGCAAUCCCUCCUCAACGACCUCCUCCACGCCCUCCUCGCCAGCCCCACCGUUACCGCCUAGUGCAACUCCACCGUCUCCCCUCCACCCCUCUCCACAAUGUACGCGGCAGCAGAAGCAAUUCAACUUGCCAGCUUCCCAUUACUACAAAUACAAGCAGCAGUUCAUUUUCCCAGACGUUGUGCCUGAGACACCAACCCGUGCACCCCAAGUGGUUCUUCAUCCAGUGAAUUCUAAUCCAAUCCUUGAAGGAAAUCCAUUACUUCAAAUUGAAGUGGAGCCAACAUCAGAGAAUGAGGAUGGGAAUGAGGAGGCCCAGGAGUCUGAGGAUGACUUUGAGGAAAUGAACCUGUCUCUCCUCUCUGCUCGCAACUUCCCACGCAAGGCCAGCCAGACCAGCAUCUUUCUCCAGGAGUGGGACAUCCCCUUCGAGCAGCUGGAGAUUGGAGAACUGAUUGGCAAAGGGCGCUUUGGCCAGGUGUUCCAUGGACGUUGGCAUGGUGAGGUGGCCAUCCGCCUCAUCGACAUUGAGAGGGACAACGAAGACCAGCUGAAGGCCUUCAAGCGGGAAGUGAUGGCCUACCGACAGACGCGGCAUGAGAAUGUGGUGCUCUUCAUGGGGGCCUGCAUGAGCCCUCCUCACCUUGCCAUCAUCACCAGGUAA